UGGAAAACUAAAGAUGAAGCGGAGGAUGGAUGCGGACGAGAAGAGUGCUUCUGGAUCUAAGAAGCCUAAAGUUGACCCAAAACUCUCAGGCAACACUGCAGAUGGUGUACACCUAAAGAGACAGCUGGGUGCAUUUACAUGCAGUUACUGUGGUGAUAAGGGGCAUACAAAGAGAAGCUGCAAAAAGAAAAAAGAUGCUGAUGCUGCUACUGCUGCUGCUGCAGCAGCAGCCGCUGCCACUGCCGCCAAGGCAGCUGAGAAGAAGAAAAAUGAUGAAGUUCAUACUGUGCCAGAGAAGCCGGUUCAUCAACCCCAAGACGUGUCUGGCCAAGCAGAUUUGGGAAGCAAUCCCCAGGAGAUCGAAUUAACUCAGCCUUCUGCUUCUGAGCAAGAGGAUUCUGAAAAGGAUCCUGCACCGAAAAGACCUUCCAAGCUGUCACCACGAAGACGAUCCUCUAAUCAGCCAACCGCACCAACAGUGAAUCCCUUGCAGGGUGCAUCUUCAGUAACAUCUUCAAAGUUUGCCAACUUGAUGCAGUUCAUCCCAACGCCAGGAUUUAGGCCUCCAAGAAAGAAGAAUUGAAUACUAGAUAUAUGUACU